UUUUAUGUUAAUUGUGAUUAUGCGAACACAUUUCAUUUUUAUUAUGAACAACCAUGUUGUGGGGGAUUGACAACUAAAAAUGGUGUACGUUAUACAAAUUCUCAUAAAGAUCAUGUUAGAGAGUUCAACUGUGGUAAAUUAUAUUAUAGAACUUUCCAUUUGGAUGAAGAAAGAGAUUCAUUGUUUGUAGGCGCAAUGGAUCGGAUAUAUAGACUAAAUUUACAAAAUAUCAGUCAAUCAACAUGCGAUAGAGAUCAUAUCCUACUAGAACCAACAAGAGAAGAUGUUGUCAGCUGUGUAUCAAAAGGAAAAAGUCAAGUUUUCGAUUGUAAAAAUCAUAUUCGCGUUAUUCAACCAAUGGAGGGAGGCAACAGGCUGUAUAUUUGUGGAACAAACGCUCAUAAUCCCAAGGAUUAUGUCAUAUAUUCGAAUUUAACCCAUUUACCAAGGUCGGAAUACGUGCCUGGAAUUGGCUUAGGCAUUGCAAAAUGUCCUUAUGAUCCACUUGAUAAUUCAACAGCCAUAUACGUUGAGCACGGAAAUCCUGGUGAUUUACCUGGAUUGUAUUCUGGAACAAACGCUGAAUUUACAAAGGCUGAUACAGUUAUUUUUAGAUCGGAUUUAUAUAAUAUAAGUGCAAAAAAGAAAGAAUAUGCAUUUAAAAGGACAUUAAAGUACGAUUCAAAAUGGCUCGAUAAACCAAAUUUUGUUGGAGCAUUUGAUAUUGGAGAGUUUGUAUAUUUCUUCUUUCGUGAAACAGCCGUUGAAUAUAUAAAUUGUGGCAAAGCAGUUUAUUCUCGUAUAGCAAGAGUUUGUAAAAAAGAUAAUGGCGGCAAAAAUAUUUUAUCCCAGAAUUGGGCAACAUAUUUAAAAGCACGUCUUAACUGUAGCAUAUCAGGUGAAUUUCCGUUUUACUUUAAUGAAAUUCAAUCAGUUUAUCAAUUACCAUCGGACAAAACGAAAUUUUAUGCAACGUUUACAACAAGUACAAAUGGACUAAUUGGUUCAGCUGUUUGUAGUUUUGAUUUAAAUGAAGUUCAUGCCGCAUUCAAGGGCAAAUUUAAAGAACAAGCAACAUCAAAUUCAGCUUGGUUACCAGUAUUAAAUUCAAAAAUACCUGAGCCUAGACCGGGUACAUGUGUGAAUGACACAUCAACAUUACCAGAUAAUGUUUUGAAUUUCAUUAGAUCUCAUCCCUUAAUGGAUAAGGCUGUCAACCAUGAGCAUAACAAUCCCGUAUAUUAUAAAAGAGAUUUAGUUUUUACGAAAUUGGUUGUUGAUAAAAUUAAAAUUGAUUUACUAAAUCAAGAGUAUACCGUUUAUUAUGUUGGAACAAAUCAAGGACGUAUUUAUAAAAUUGUUCAAUAUUAUCGAAAUGGUGAAUCAAAAUCAAAAUUAUUGGAUAUAUUCGAAAUAGCACAGAAUGAAGCAAUUCAAGUAAUGGAAUUAAGUCAAAGACGUAAAUCAUUAUAUGUGGCAACUGAUCAACGUGUCAAACAAAUUGAUUUAGCAAUGUGCAAUCGUCGUUAUGAUAAUUGUUUCCGUUGUGUACGUGACCCAUAUUGUGGUUGGGAUAAAGACAAUAGUAUAUGCCGUCCAUAUGAAUUAGAUUUAUUGCAGGAUGUUGGAAAUGAAACAAGUGACAUUUGUGAUACAAGUGUAUUAAAGAAAAAAAUUGUUGUUACAUAUGGACAGAGUGUGCAUUUGGGCUGUUUUGUUAAAAUACCAGAAGUAUUAAAAAAUGAACAAGUGACAUGGUAUCAUCAUUCCAAGGAGAAAGGACGGUAUGAAAUUAAAUAUAGUCCGACAAAAUAUAUUGAAACAACUGAACGAGGUUUAGUUGUUAUUUCUGUUAAUGAAGCAGAUGCUGGGCGUUAUGAUUGUCAUUUAGGUGGUUCACUAUUAUGCAGUUACAAUAUAACAGUAGAUGCUCACAGGUGCACUCCACCGAAUAAGAGUAACGACUAUCAAAAGAUCUAUUCAGACUGGUGUCACGAAUUUGAAAAAUACAAAUCGGCUAUGAAGUCAUGGGAAAAGAAACAAGCGCAAUGUUCAUCGAGGCAAAAUUUCAGCCAACAUCAUCCUAACGAAAUAUUUCGUAAAAAUAAUGUCUGAUCUCUAAACCGACAGUAUUUAAUUACGUCCAUAGAACUUCCAUUAUAUAUUAUAUUUAAUUAAAACAAAAAACAAAAGUCAGAAUCGUUAAAGAAACAGCAAUUUAGAAAACAUUAAUAUUAAAUUAAUAAAUAAAUGAAAAAGAAACAUAAGUUUGAACUGAACACAACAAUAAAAAAUAAUUUGAAUUCAAAUAAAUUCGCAAAAUAGUCAAAAUUCAACAUACAUGCAAACAUACUCAAAAAUCAUAAUUCGGUAAAAAUUUAAUUUUUUUUUUCUGUAAACAUACGUACAUAAACAUAUAGUUCUUUUUAGAAAAUAAUAUCAUACUAUUAUAAAUUACUUAACUGUCAGUUUAGUAUUACAUAGACUUUCCUAAAAUUAUAAUUUUGUUGUACUUAUUAUAUAAUUAUUCCAUAAAAGCCCGUUAAUAAUUUUUAAAAUAUACGUACAUAUUAUACCUUAAUACACUAUUAUACAAAGACUUCAAAUGCAUACCUAUGACCUACCUAACCUAACCUAAAAAAAAACAAAAUGAUAACAGAACGAAAAUAAACGAAUCAACAUACAUACAUACACUUGUAGGUAAUUUUUGGCGAGGAGAACUGAUUAGUGAAUAAGUUUUUGAUUUUUAGAAUGUAAAAAAAAAAAAUAGUAGAAAAUGUAAUAAAAGAAACGAAAUGUAAUAUCAUUUUAAAAUCAUUACUUGUAAGUGAAAUCAUUAUUUAUUAUUUUCGCAAAAUGGCGCAUAACAUUACAGAGUCUUAUCGAAUUUCCAAGCAUUGAAGAUGUUCACUUUUCCCGUAAAAAAUUAUUUUAAAAUUUCAAAAACCAUCACAACAUUCAUUUUUCUUGAAAUGUAAUCAAUAAUAACUUCCAAAAUUGAAAUAAUGUUCAAUUUUAUGAGCUAGAAGCCCAUUUUGCUUUCACCGCAGUGUUGUCUACGUGUAUGGUAUUUUCAACUUCAACAAAAUACUAAAAUUAAUUACAUGUGCAAACAGAUAACAAUUAGCUUGCGCCUAUAUUUAUGCAAAAAAAAAUUAAUAACAUUAUACUAAUUUGAAUAAUUUAUAAAUUUAUAUUAGAAGUUCACAAUAUGAAAAUAAUGGGGAAAUAAGUUCGGAUCGUUGAAAAUAAUUCAAAAGUUCAAAAAUAGGAGAAGAAUCACAUUCACCUUAAAAGGUCAGUUGAGUGCGGAAUAUAAUAUAAUGGAGCGUCUAUACUCGAACUUUCUAAAAGGGCGGUAACUAGUUUAUAUCAAAGAAUGUUCUAUUUAAAAGAAAAAAAAUUUAUACUGUUGUGUCAUAUUUUAAAUAUCAUAAAAUGAUUCAAACCGGCGAGAAGUUCGAAUUAAAGAGAUUUUCAGUUAAAAGAUAUUAUUAAAAUAAAUAAAACUGGCAGAAUGUUAAAUUCAUCAAAAUGACCUGAGCUCAAAAAAGAUUUAGGAAUUAUAGAAGAUAUGCAAGUUUUAGAAGAUCAACUGUAUACAUGUAUGCAUAUAAAAUCGAAUUUUCGAAAUCAAACUCUUUUGUAACCAUUCCUCUUAUGAAAUCAUGUUCAAUCACACUUUUGCCACAAACGACUUAUUUAAGUAUUCGAUCUAUAAUAAUAUAUUUUAUGCUAUCCCAUUCCCCCAUCGUCAGAAAGAUAUACAAGAAAGUAGUUCUUGAAAAUUUGUCACAAAACUUUUUUUAAAUACACAUACAUACAUAAUUGAUGUAUUAAUGCGCAUUUUAAGUUUCAAAAAAAGAUUUAAGGAUUGUAGUUUUAUUAGUAUGAAAAAGAGGGUACAUGGUAUAAACAAGAGUGUAAAAGUAAAAACUAUUAUAUGAUUACAAAUUUUUAUCUAAUUAGAAUAUUUUAAAGUAAGAGAAAGAAAUAAUUAAAAUUAUUACAAUUUUAAUAUAUAAAAUAAAUACUAUAGAAUUCUAUGUAAAAUUGUAAUUAUAACAACAGAAACACAGGUUACAAAAAUAAAACGACAGCUAAUGCUAAGUUUGUAACACAAACCUUCCAAUAAUUAACACAGACGAAUCUUUAAGAGGAACUCUGUGUUAAGGGUAUAAAAACUCUAAAAUUUUCUGAAUUGUUUAAUUUCUCAAAGUUAUAAUUUUUAAGUUAUAAAGUAAAUUCCUUAAUAUUGCAUAAAAAUCGUUCUCAAAUUAGAUUAAUUUUUAAUAUAUAAAAUAAAAUAUUUCAUUAAUUUUGAAACAUAAUUCUCAAAUAUUGUGAAAAAUACCCUGCUGCGAAAAAUAUGUUAUUUAGUGUUGUUCAACUCCUUUAAUUAGAGAUAUAUUUAAAUAGAACAUAUUAUUAAUUUAUCGUAAACCUUAUUUAGAUUGCAUUUCCAUCAUAUUUUGUAUUAUUCCAUAGUAGUCAAAACUCAAUGUUCUCUAUCAACGUUACUCCCAAAUCAAGUUGUGUAUAAAUUUUAAUUUUUGAACGAAAAUUCUAACCACAAUAAUUUCAAACGAUGGUUAUAAUUCGACAGUAUAUAUUGAAUUAGAUCAAAUAAUUUAACAUCCAAUUAAGAAGCAAAAACCUGAAAUUUUUCUCCAUUAUAUAAUGAUUUCGUAUGCAAGACAAAUCUAAAGCAUAAAUUAAAUUCAGUCAGAUUUUAAUAUAAUAGGGAUUGGAAAUUGAAGACAUUGCAACAUGAUAGACCACAUUAUCGUCUACCUGACUUAGUAUUACCGAAAACAUUUGCGAAAAAAAACAACAAAAUAAUAACAUUUAUUAUUAUUAUAUUUUAAUCAUAUCACACAAGUAUAUUAGAAGCAAUCACAUUGUAUUUAUUAAUUAUACUUAUGCAAAAUACAUGUACAUACAUAUACACAUAUAAGCAAUUAAAGGGCACAUUAAAAUUAUUUGAAAAAGAAUUUUCAUUAUUAAGUUUUUGUUAACCUAUAAACACACACGCACACACACUCUGAUGAUGUUCUCAACAAUGCAUACCACAAAAAAAAAACAAUAAUAAUAAUAUAAUAGCUAAAAAAUAUUCAUAAAUAAAAAUAUAUUAAACGAAAAUUUUAUAAAAUUUAAAAUAGUACGAGCUCCGUCCACGUAAACAAAUUUUAACACAAUUAAAAAAAUGCCACAAAACAUGCAAAACAAAUUUCUAAUAGCAAAAAAAACACCAAUUUUAAAUAGUGAAAAUUUAUUUUCAAAAUUAUUUUAAUGUGCAAUAUUAUUAAAAUUUAUACAUAUAACACAUUCAUAAUAUCUUAUACAUUAUAACAAAUACAUAUAAUAAUACACACAUA